UUCAGUGGAAUGUGAAACCAAAUCAUUUUCAAGUUAAAGAUAGACACAGUAUACACCAGGAUCUAGAAGCUGGAUUUUAAACUCGUGACUCUCCCCAGAAUUUGAGAGAGUCCUUCUUGUGAUCUCUGUUGUAAUGAACGGUUUGGUUCAGGUUUGUUCUUUAUGUGAACGUGCUCAGCAUUCCUCUAUGUUCUGGACGUACUGGAAAUAAAAGGAUUUAAGAGAUCAUGGUGUACAUCCCCUAGGAUAAGUGAGAUUUACCUGCCCCUGGAUGAAACCCUUGGAAAGUCUUUAAAUGCCAGAGUCGACUGCCAUUUCAAAGAAAAGAAAAUAGAUGGUUUUGGAAAGUUCAUGCUAUUUCUUCAUUGAAUUUUAGAAUGAUUGAAGAUAGUGGGAAAAGAGGAAAUACCAUGGCAGAAAGAAGACAGCUGUUUGCAGAGAUGAGGGCUCAAGAUCUGGAUCGCAUCCGACUCUCCACCUACAGAACAGCCUGCAAGCUGAGGUUUGUUCAGAAGAAAUGCAAUUUGCACCUGGUGGACAUCUGGAACGUUAUAGAAGCAUUGCGGGAAAAUGCUCUGAACAACCUGGACCCAAACAUAGAGCUCAAUGUGGCCCGCCUGGAGGCUGUGCUCUCUACUAUUUUUUACCAGCUCAACAAAAGGAUGCCCACAACUCACCAAAUCCAGGUGGAGCAGUCCAUCAGCCUCCUGCUAAACUUCCUGCUGGCAGCCUUUGAUCCGGAAGGCCAUGGUAAAAUUUCAGUAUUUGCUGUCAAAAUGGCUUUAGCCACGUUGUGUGGAGGGAAGAUCAUGGACAAAUUAAGAUAUAUUUUCUCAAUGAUUUCUGACUCCAGUGGUGUGAUGGUUUAUGGACGAUACGAUCAAUUCCUGCGGGAAGUUCUCAAACUACCCACGGCAGUUUUUGAAGGGCCUUCAUUUGGUUACACAGAACAGUCAGCUAGAUCCUGUUUCUCUCAACAGAAAAAAGUCACCUUAAAUGGUUUCUUGGACACGCUCAUGUCAGAUCCUCCCCCACAGUGUCUGGUCUGGCUGCCCCUUCUGCAUCGACUGGCAAAUGUAGAAAACGUCUUCCAUCCAGUUGAGUGUUCGUACUGCCACAGUGAGAGCAUGAUGGGAUUUCGCUACCGAUGCCAACAGUGUCACAAUUACCAGCUCUGUCAGGACUGCUUCUGGAGGGGUCAUGCCGGUGGUUCCCAUAGCAACCAGCACCAAAUGAAAGAGUACACGUCCUGGAAAUCACCUGCCAAGAAACUCACUAAUGCAUUAAGCAAGUCUCUGAGCUGUGCUUCCAGCCGUGAACCUUUGCAUCCCAUGUUCCCCGACCAGCCUGAGAAACCACUCAACUUGGCCCACAUUGUGCCACCCAGACCUGUAACCAGCAUGAACGACAGCCUGUUCUCCCACUCUGUCCCCUCCUCAGGAAGUCCUUUUAUUACCAGGAGCUCUCCUCCCAAGGACAGUGAAGUAGAGCAGAGCAAACUGCUGGCUAGGGCUGCUCCAGCUUUGCUGAAGGGUAAAGGGAUACAGUACAGCCUGAAUGUGGCAGACAGGCUAGCUGAUGAACAUGUUCUCAUCGGGUUGUAUGUCAACAUGCUCCGGAACAACCCAUCAUGUAUGCUGGAGAGCUCCAGCCGGCUUGAUGAAGAGCAUCGGCUGAUCGCCAGAUAUGCAGCAAGGCUGGCAGCAGAGUCCACUUCGUCUCAGCCAGCUCAGCAGAGAAGUGCUCCUGACAUCUCCUUCACCAUUGAUGCAAAUAAGCAGCAAAGGCAGCUGAUUGCAGAACUAGAAAACAAGAACAGAGAAAUCUUACAGGAGAUCCAGAGGCUGCGGCUAGAGCACGAACAGGCUUCUCAGCCCACCCCAGAGAAGGCGCAGCAAAACCCCACCCUGCUGGCAGAGCUCCGGCUCCUCAGACAGCGCAAGGAUGAGCUGGAACAGAGAAUGUCUGCUCUCCAGGAGAGCCGGAGAGAGCUAAUGGUCCAGUUAGAAGGUCUCAUGAAGCUACUAAAGGAAGAAGAAUUGAAGCAGGGAACCCAGGGAGCAGGUUCUCCCCGCUCCUCCCCCAGCCACACCAUCAGCAGGCCCAUCCCCAUGCCCGUCCGGUCUGCAUCUGCCUGUUCCACCCCGAUCCACACGCCUCAGGACUCUCUCACAGGGGUAGGGGGAGACGUACAGGAGGCGUUUGCACAAAGUUCAAGAAGAAAUUUAAGGAAUGACUUACUAGUAGCAGCGGAUUCCAUCACUAACACUAUGUCCUCUCUCGUCAAAGAGCUGAAUUCUGAAGUGGGGAGUGAAACGGAGAGUAAUGUGGAUUCUGAAUUUGCACGGACUCAAUUUGAGGAUCUGGUUCCAUCACCAACCUCUGAAAAGGCUUUUCUAGCACAAAUCCAUGCCCGAAAACCCGGGUACCUUCAUGGAGGAGCCACCCCGAGCAGCAUGCGUGGGGACGUGGUUACAGAAGAUGGGGACCCCUAUGUGCGGCCAGAGGAUGAGAACUAUGAAGAUGACUCUGUCCGGCAGCUGGAGAAUGAGCUGAAGAUGGAGGAAUACCUGAAACAGAAGCUACAGGAUGAAGCCUACCAGCUCCACGUCAGCACUGAGACCAGACUCAAGCACCCCUGUCCUGUAACCGAGACAAAAUGGCGUGUGUUGUUUUGGGUUUUUGUGGUUUUGGGUGGGUUUCUUUCCUUGGCUCUCCAAAUCUAUUUCUGGGGCCCAUUCUAAUGCAAACCCAGCAGGUGUCACCUGUCCUGUCCAUUAGAUACCAUUCUGUCUUGCGGGGGGGUAUUUCUUUCUUGUUCCACGGUGAAUUGCACAUCUGUCUCCGUUUGAGAUGAUGGCCUAUUAAUGAGCACUGGUCCAACACAGCCAACCCUCCCCCACGGCACCAGGUUCAUGGAGGCAAGGAGGAGGGCAAGAUCUACUGUAGGGGAUUCAGGAAUCAGUCGUGGUUGGUCAGGACGAAAGUUGGGGUAAGUUUGGUUGGUCAGAGGGAGAUGUGCUGGAGAUUGUGAAAAACGGAUUCUCGAAUGAUCUACUCUUAAGGCAGGGAAGGUUCAUUUGUAAGUAGUAAUGUGAACUGAAUUACAUAAGAGUGUGGCCUUUGUUGUGAUAUACUAUGUAUUUUCUUAUAUGCAUGAGCCAAACUGUUGCAUCAUAAUUUAGCACUGAUGUCCGCUUUUAUUUUGAUCAUCUUUGUCCACCCUUAUUAGUUCUUGGCUGUUAACUGUAGAUAAACUGUUGUAAAUACGGCAACCUCUGGUUGCUGCUGUCACCUUGGUUCAAUUCCACGCAAGGAGCCACAAAUAAGAACUCCACCGUGUCCUCAGAAGAAAGGGCAUUUUUACCUUUGAACCAAAAAGAGAAAAAAAAAAAUCAGAAGCAUUACAUCCUGAGGCUAAUUAA